AUGUCCAGUAAACUUCAUGCAAAAGCCAAAUGUGAUAAAUCACUGUCGUCGGAAUCGAAUCUGCCGUGGACCGGCUUGAUUGAGCUUUCUGCUUCAUUGCCGACACUCGAGUAUUAUUUGGCCGCACGACCGGCCUUGGUUCUUAAUCCUAUGGGCUUCUAUAUACUUAUUCGAGUAGGCGGAUCGCGCAAGUCGUCUCAGGCAUGUGAUGAUGACACAAACAAUGGCAGUAGGAAUCCUUCAGGAGCAUCUGUGUCAGGCUCUGGCACAUCAGAUCCGGGGGCAGCAGGAAUUGAUCAUCAAAAGGAAGAUUCGGAAACUAUCAGACCCUCUGUUAGAAGUGAGCCGUCACCCAUAGACAAAUCUGUUUGUCCUUCACCACAAACCAGUUUUCGUCGCCACACUUUCGCAGCUAACUUCUUGCAUCCGGGCGCGUAUUUGCAUGUUCGCCGCACCAGACCCAGAAAUUCUAACAUAGCAGGGGAGUCCGUCAUUGAGAAGUCACCAAAGCGGUCCAAAUCAGUCGGUGAUUCGAGCAACAUCCCCAGCACUCACAACGCGGAUUCUUGGGCAGACUACCCAUGUAUCGUUCGUUUUUGCAUCAACAUGUGCAUACAGGGUUGGAUCGCGUUGCUCAACUUGCUGAUGGCUGUCAGAGCGAUCAUUGUACGGAUGGGAUUCAUAUGUUUCGCAUGUGUGGCCAUUGUGACUGUCGUCAGAGUGAAGAAUGAUGGACGUUUUUGGUUGCUUUGUAUAACCAUCAUUCCAUUACUACUGGAGUUGAUUCUUGCUAUCAAGACACACUUGGAAAAAAGCACAAAUGGUAUGGCCAUUUCCAAA